UAUAAUACAGGACUCCGAAAACGGAAACUAGCUCUUUCGAAUGUAAUUCAUAAGUGUACGGGUAUUUUACAAAAUACUCGCCUGCCCAAACUAAGUUUUCCCAUUGUUCGUAUCGUUGCGUACUACUUGACCACUGUGUAUCUGAAAAUUUUGUAAAAAAAUCACCCAAAAAUGCUCAAAUUUGUUACUCUAUUGGUGUCGUGUUAUGUUGUGUUACAAGUGGUGCAUUCGUCCGAUGAUUUACCACCGGAAGUGAAACAGAUGUUGAAAAAUCUGCACGAUACUUGUGUCAAAGAAACUGGUGUUGCAGAAAGUGAAAUUAGUGAUGCGAAUAAUGGAAAAUUUAGCGGCACAGAAAAUCUGAAGUGUUACUUGAAAUGUUUGAUGGCAUCCGUCGGUGUCCUCGACGAUGAUGGUACUUUUGAUGGCGAAGCUUACGUUGAUUUACUCCCACCGCAUUUAACUGAGUAUGGAAAAAAAAUAGUCGACGCCUGUAAACCAGAAGGAAAUGGAGCUUGUGAAAUCGCUUACAAUUUGAACGUUUGCAGUUACAAUACGGAUCCAUCGAGAUACCAGAUAUAUUAAGCAGUGUCUGAGACGUGAUUUGGUAGCUGCGUUCUACAUGAUGAUGGGUAGUAGAUAGGUAUGUACCUACCUACCAUGUAGAUGAAUGGAUACAUGUGAUGGAUUUUAACUUUACUUUCUGUCAUCGCAAUAAACGAACAUAAGUAGUACAUACAAUGAUUAUUUCGUGUAUUUUUCAUUUUAUAUAUGUAAGUUGAUAAAAUAUUACCUGUGUAUUAUAAUUUAUUGAUUCUAUCGAAGAAAAAAAUUUAAAAAGGCUA